AUGUCUCCGUCCACGUCCCCUCGGUUCUUCACGGAGAGGGAGGUGGCCCGCCACUGCACCAAGGACUCCUGCUGGGUGCUGCUGGGAACCAGGGUGUACGAUGUGACCGCUUUCUUGCGGAUACACCCGGGCGGGGAGGCGCUGAUACUUCGCCGGUCAGGCAAGGACGUGAGUCGUGAGAUGGAAGGACCCCCACACCGGCACUCGAAGAACGCCCGGCGGUGGUUGGAGCAGUACUACAUCGGGGAGCUGGACAGAGACAGCGGCACCGACGAGGCGCAGACUCUGAGAGAGAGGAGGAAGGCCAUUGAACAGACAGAAGGGAAGACGGCAGAAAAGACGAUAGACAAAAAGGUGAAAGAGGAGGACGAGAGUUCCCCGUUCAACCUCUGUGGCUCUGUGGACCUUAACAAGGAUUUGGUGGACUGGCGGAAGCCCCUGGCGUGGCAGGUGGGCUACCUCGGAGAGAAAUAUGAUGCAUGGGUUCACCAGCCAGUCGACAGACCAAUCAGACUGUUUGGAAACCCCUUCCUGGAGGCCGGCACCAAGACUUCCUGGUACUGGGUACCAGUGGUGUGGCUUCCAAUUGUGUUUUAUCUCAGUUGGCACUGUUACACCACCCUGGCAAAGGGCACCACCAGGAUAGUCCUCACUUCAGACUUCUCUAUCACGAUCCAUGAAUACAUAUUCCCGCUGCUCUUUUUGAUGGGCUGGUUCUUGUGGUCGUUCAUCGAGUACUGCAUCCAUCGCUUUGUCUUUCACAUGAAACCUCCAGCCCAUAACUACUACCUCAUCACGCUACACUUCCUCCUGCACGGACAGCACCACAAGUCUCCGUUUGACGGCUCUCGGCUGGUCUUCCCCCCCGGCCUGGCCUCCUUAGUGGUGGGAAGUUUCUAUUUAAUCAUCCGCAACAUGCUCCCAGAUAUCCUGGGGAUGUGCGUGUUUGUUGGAGGACUGUGUGGCUACGUGGUGUACGAUAUGAUCCACUACUACCUUCACUACGGCUCGCCAAAGAGAGGCUCGUAUAUGUACAGCCUGAAGGCCUACCACGUCAAACAUCACUUUGAGCACCAGAGAGCAGGUUUUGGAAUCACCUCCACGUUUUGGGACCACCCCUUCAACACAGUCAUCCCCGAUGAGAAAUUCUAACGCAGAAACGGCUCUCCUGAAGGGCCACAGGACUUAUCAACCAUAUGCUAUGAUCACCAUGACACGCUUAGUUAAAUCUUUGCAGCCAUAGCUUUCACAACCAAGAAGGAAGUUCCACUUCUGAGGACUCCUGGGCCUCUGCAACUAAUCCAGCCAUACAUACUAUAACACAUACAGUUUCAACCUGCUUUUUCAUUCCAGCCAGCAACACAUUCUUUGCCUGAGCUCGCUCAUCUGGGUGUGUGUGUCGACCAGACCGCAUUGCGUUCUCACUGUGAUCAUUUCUAUGAGUUGUAAGGCCUUUCUGUGCCAUUUCUAUAACCAACCUACAUCUACUACUGCUGUGCUCUUCACCACACUGACCUCACCAGCCAAGUCAUGACCUGAAAGUCAAUCACAACAUCAUAAUGUACAGCUAGGAGGUGGGCCAUGAAGAGAAAGAGAGGGACACACACACACACAGAUAAGCAUGUGCACAUUUAUGUAUUUUGAUUAUGGUUUCGUUUAAUUUGAAGGAAUUAUAGGAUUCCUCUAUAGUUGUAGAAUACUAUAGAGUACAUUCAAAACAACUGAAAAAACUAAAAAAAAAAACCCAAAAUACAUGUUCUUUUCCUGGUUCCUAAACAUUCGCCAACAGCAUAACACAAAUUAAUGUAGACGUUCAAUUUAUAUGUGCACACACACACACUGUCCUAGCUUCCCUCAGAGUGGGAGAGAGGGAACAGGAAGUGAUAGAUGGUAGGUGAAUGUGGAAGACAGAGAAGGAAGGGGAUGUGACAGAGUGACAGAAAGUGUGUGUAGAGACUGUGAGCGAGAGAUAGCCCCCAAACUGGUGAACCAACUCAGGAAAAAAACAUCUUUAUCCUUCCUCCGCACUAUCUGCAGCUUGAACUUUCCUUGUCACCAUCACAGCUCUUUUUGCUGUCGGCCACUAAGCUACCCAGCUACACUCUGUUACGCUACAGGUUUGUAGGGAACAGAAGUUCCCUCCACCAUGUUCGGUCUCACUGUAGUUUUUGGAAGCAGCUGUGAACACAAAACAUUUGGUUUCAGAUAUUUGGACAUGUUGAGAUUAAUUUGAAAGUUUAGAUUUAACUUGCAGCUGCAGAAGUGAAAUUAUACUGUAGUGCACUAUUUCAAUGUACUGUUGAUGUCCUGUAAAGCAGAGUUCUAAAUGUUAGAAACCACUGUGGAGAUAUAUUUUUGCAAGUCUGAUGUAAUAUUUCUUUGGUUUUCUUUUCUUGUUGUCAUUAAUGAUACAACAAAGAUGUAGAAAAAAUAUUUUGUAAGAUGACUUUGUACAGAAGAGGAGAUUUUUUAAUUGCAUGUAGAUGUAAAGAUAGAUGGAUGGUGGAGUGUUGUCAUGGUGUCAGAGGGACGGAGCUGAAGGCGUGAGGCCAGCCUGUCAGACUUUCUGCCGUGGGAAUCUCAGGGGUCAAAGGUCACAGGGUGAGCGACGAGGGGGUUUAUUUUCUCCAGGAAAAUUUUGUUUUCAAAACUGAUUGGGCUUUCAACACAGACUAAGCAGAACUUGGUUCUUUGGAAGAUGAAAGUGAAACAUUUUUCACUCCAUCCAUUUAAAGUCACUGGUUUAUGUGGCCCCGCAGAUCCCCUCAGGAUGAAGAUGGGUGAACUAUCUGACUGGAGAGCAGGAGGUCUUGAUAGUGACUGGCGGAUCCUCAAAAUGUCUCCUCUAAACACUCGACAACAACACUGAUAACUAAAGAAGAACAAACUUAAUUAAAUCCAUUUACAUAAAUAGGUAGAGUACAGUGGGAAUAUAAUAUAACUGCAAAAAAUCAUUUUUCAUCAACAUUUGUAGUUUAAAGAGACUCCCACAUACAUAAUAUAUAUACACAUACAUUCUUAUAAAUGUAAAAUAACAUGCAAAAUCUAUUUCAGAAAAUUAUAGUUACUCUUAUUCUUAUAGUUUUUCAAGAAGAGCAAAAUAAUAAUAUAGUACGAUGAUUCCAUUUGCAUUGUUUUUUCUUAAUAUUCAGAGCAGCAAUAAUAAUGAAGUCUUCAGGUAACCCUUAAGAGGGCUAUGUCACCAAAACACUGUUCUGAUAAAACCAGUUGAAUAGGUUUCACCAGGGCUUGCAGAGUUGAACUGUAACUGCACCAAAAUGUGACUUUGAUAUAAUCACUAUAAACCACGAAGACGUUGCUUCAGAAAGAACCAAAAAUUUUUGAUGUCGUAAUGAUGGUGGAGAUAGUGAUGACCAUAAUAAGGAUGAUGAAGAGUGUAAUAAUGCAUACUGAUUGUGACGGCUUCUUGGCAAAGUGAAAUGAUUCCACCUGUUGGAAUAAAGUACAUACAGAUAUUAUUUAUGUAUAUUAACAUUAUAAAGAUGAGAAAAAACAACACCUUGUAAGCUUUGAUUCUGACAAGUGAACCUUUCCUUGUGCUAAAUUAUGCAGCGUAAAAUAAUAUUUUCUAAAUCUAUUUACUAUAAUAUGUUUUAACUUUUAUUUUGGAAUUUAAAUUUUCUAUUCCAGUGCAAACGUAUUUGUAAAUAAAUGUGUGUAUAUUUCUGA